GUUUGACACAGUGAUGUCACAGGAUGCUUUACUACAGCGCCCCCGUCUGACCACCCACCAGUUUAGUCACUACAAACCUGUCAUGAACACAUCAGCUGUCUGUGAGCAGGUACUGCACAGGCUCCGCCCACUUCACACCUGAGCAGCAGGGCCAUGACGUGGGCGGAGUGUUCCUUUAAUAUAAGUGUGUGUGUAUAUAUGUGUGUGUGUGUGUGUGUGUGUGUGUUUCCAGCCCUCUGAACAGCUGACAGUAGAAGAAGGCCAACAGUUCUAUUAAUAGCAGAGUCCCUCAGAGUCUCAGACCUGCUGUGUCGCAGUCAGUCCUGCAGCGCCGCCUCAGAACCAGCACCGCCCACUGGACCCCACCGGACCCUACCGGACCCCACCAGACCCGCCGCCAUUAUGCCGGGCAACCAGGCCCGGAGUCGCAUCAGGGACCGGAACAAUGUCCUGAACCGGCCUGAGUUCCUGUCCCUGAACCAGCCGCCCUGCAGGCAGCAGGCGGGGGGGGGUCCGAGGCGCCCCGUCCACAAACAGCACAGUCAGCAGGAGGACGCCGCCGCUGCGAGGGGGUCCCGGGACUCCUCUGAGGGGGGUGGAGCCGAAGGCGGGCAGAAGGAGGCGUCCAAGUACCCGGAGCAGGACUGCAUGCAGCUGAACCCGUCCUUCCGGGGCAUCGCCAUCAGCUCCCUGUUGGCCAUCGACAUCAGUCUGUCCAAGCGGCUGGGGGUCUGCGUGGGCGCCCACGGCCCCGGGGCCCCCAUACGCCCCCUGGUCACCCUGCUGGCCCUGACUGGACAUGCCCUCCCAUGGGUCUGUGGGACCCUCCUCUGUCUGUGGAAGAGCAACACGCUGGCCGGACAGGAAGUACUCCUAAACCUGCUCCUGGCUCUCAUCCUGGAUGUGAUGACCGUCGCUGGGAUGCAGAAGUUGGUCAAACGCAAAGGACCGUGGGAUUUCCCCCCGGGGUUCCUGGACUACAUUGCCAUGGAUACGUACUCGUUUCCGGCCGCCCACGCCAGCCGCGCCGUCAUGGUGUCCAAGUUCCUGCUGAACCACCUGGUCCUGGCGGUGCCCCUGCGGAUCCUGCUCUACCUGUGGGCCUUCCUGGUGGGUGUGUCCCGGGUGCUGCUGGGUAAACACCACCUGUCGGACGUGGGCUGCGGCUUCGCGCUGGGCUUCCUCCACUUCAGUCUGGUGGAGUCGGUCUGGCUGGACUCGGACACCUGCCAGACCCUGAUCUCCAUCGGCACGCUGCGCUGGACCCCCCUGCUGUAGACCGCCUGGACCGACCGGCCUGGACCUGCUCAUGUAGUCUGUUUAAACUGGUCCAGACUGGUUGAAACUGGUCUGGACCCAUUUAUAGUCAUCUGGACCAGUUCAAACAGGUCUGGUCUGGAUCUGUUCAAACUAGUCUGGAUCGGUUCAGACUGGUUUGGACCAGUCUGGACAGAACUGAUGGACCUGGUUUUGGAAACUGGUCCUAGUGCGGUCUGGUUUUCUAUAGGUUACCAUGACAACAUGCCCUGGUUGACCUGACGGUCUAGUUGUCAUGUGACUGUUACCACAGCGACCGCUAAAGCUGCUGCUUUGCCAUUUUUCUACGUGCGUGCGUCAGGACUUCCUGUGGACAGUUCUGGGGGCGGGAGGUUUGGUGGCUCCGCCUCUUUUAGACUCUUUGUUCUCCAGCAGAUGGACCUGAGCUCCUUCUGAACCAUAGACCUGGUUUUGACAGAACGGGUUCUCCAGCCUCUGCAUCUGUUUGGUUUCAGUAAAUAAAACCCAUUUUCCUUCAGUGUGACUGAGUUCCUUCAUCUGACACUGAACCAGGUCUGGAACGGUCCACUGAACUCAGGUUCAUCUGGUCCAGCUGAACCUGGGUUCAUGUGGACUCACGAGUUUCAAAUGUUCACACCAAAAUGAGUCCCAGUCCAGUUGUUCCUUUAACCCUGGUGUCCUCAUAUUUCCUGCCUCCUGGAGACCAAACAUUCAACAACCGUCACACUUUGAACC